AUGAGCGGCGGGAGCGAGACCGGGAGCGGAACCGGAACCGGAACCGGGGAGGCGGCGGCAGCCGGGGCCGACCCGGAGCGGACGGUCCGCAUCGUGGUGGUGUAUUGCGAGCCGUGCGGCUUCGCGGCCGCCUACGAGGAGCUGGCGAGCGCCGUGCGGGACGAGUUCCCCGACGUGGCCGUCGAGCACCGCCUCGGCCCCACCGGUGCUUUUGAGAUCGAAAUCAACGGGCAGCUGGUGUUCUCCAAGCUGGAGAACGGAGGCUUUCCCUACGAGAAGGACCUCCUGGACGCCAUCCGCCGGGCGCGCGCCGGGGAGCCGCUCCAGCCCAUCACCAACAGCCGCCCGCCCUGCGCCAUCCUCUAGCCGGAGCAUCCCGCGGGACGUCCCGCGGCGCCGGGGCUCCGUCCCGCCGGCCCU